GUGCCCGGACAGAAAACUAGCGACGAAGAAGAAGUGAGCGAGCGCCAAGCAGGAAUCGGUGAUCGAACGAGGAAUCGCCAUGAGCGAAGAAGGUCCUAAGCUCUCCCCCAAUAAACCCAAGAAGGCCCAGCUGAAGCAAGCGCAAGCCAAGGCGAAGGAUUUCACCACUCCUCCAUCUUCAUCUAUGUCAUCGACCGCGGCUGCGGCUUCGUAUUCGAUGAGAUCCCAGGGCGGUUCUGUUCCUCCUCCACCGCCUCCAAAGGAACCCUUCGCUCGACGGUACAAGUUCCUCUGGCCGCUUCUCUUGACGGUCAAUCUCGCCAUCGGAGGUUAUAUUUUGCUGAGAACUAAGAAAAAGGACACAUCCCCGACGGAUGAAGAAACGGCACCUCCAUCAACUCAAAGCACCGACGCUGCGGUAGCAUCUGUGGAUGCCCAAAAAACUCCCGCUCUGGCUGUAGUUACAGAGCCAGUGAAGGCAAGAGAGCCAAUACCAGUGAAAGAACAACGAGAUCUCUUCAAAUGGAUGCUGGAGGAGAAAAGGAAGGCGAAUCCAAAAGGCGCUGAAGAGAAGAAGAAGAUCGACGAAGAGAAAGAGAUGCUGAAACAACUCAUCAGAGCCAAAACCAUUCCCAACCUCUGAUGCAUCACUUGAUGAGUUUGGUUUUGAUACAUUUAACUCUCUUCUUUCUUGAAUGUUGGGUUCAGUUUUUGGAUCAUGUGGAUGUGGGUAUUAGAUUCUUUUGCUUUUUGGACAUGUUUCAUUCUCAGUUUGAUGUUCGCUUUUUUUCCCCCAUGUUGCGGAUAUGAAAGACAACGAGUAACUGCUAAGUGUUUUCAUGUUUAAAGAAGUACUCGUUUGCUUUCUGACUUUAUUAUUAUGGUUUUGAUGUGA